AACCUCCAUCUUGACUGUGUUCGGUCUGAAUUCACACUGAACUACUUGGAAGAGGAAUGCAGCACACGUAGCCUACUGCACUGUAAGUAUACUUUGCAGCUUCACCUUUACUCUGCUUCUGUUGUUUCUUUUCUGUUUAGAGUAAUUAACCUCGGCGUACUUUGUAUUGUAGUAAUACUCGUCAGAAACAGGGUUACCCGGUCUUUGUACUGUACGUUAACGUUAGCUUGUUAAUGUUAAACAGCUAAGCUAACUGUUCACCGUCGCCGGUAACAUCUCUCCUUUUGUCUUAAUAUAUCUAAUUUUUAAGGUAUUAACAGGGUCUUUAUGUUGCCGGUGUUCCCUUUGAGUCUGUGUAAAUAACUUCGAUCUUCUUGUUGUUUUCAGUUAUUGUAUUUCCCCCGUAGAAACGCGUCCUUGUUGUGUGCUUGUUGUGCCAUUUACAGUUACAUACAGUAUUCUUUAAAAUCAGCGUGUUUGGAGCUGAAAUCGUGUUGUUUUUAUUGUGGAAAUGUUCACACCUCAUAAAGUUUUAAUGGUAAAAAUACUACGUGGUGUGUCUGAGUCCCAGAGCCUUUAAUUGAGUCAGAUAGCUGGUCCAGAGCAGGAGAUGAUGUCAGUAGGUCUGGUAUGCAGAGGUCUGACAUCAGCCUCAAAGUGUCUGAAAAACUAAACUGCUGUGUUGACUCAGGCCAAAUAAGGAAGCAAGAAACUCAGGUACUCAGAGCUGGAAUAACCAAGACAUAAUCAAGAGUUUUAACCAAGCUCUGGUGAAGAAGCUGUGUUUUAGUGUUUCUGUACAGUUUUUAGUGCUCUCAUAGCUUCCUCUUUUUUAUUUUUACUGCAGUGAAUCACAAAGUGUUAAUCCCAUCAUCAUCAUCAUUCCAGUCAGCUCACCAUGGCUGGCUUCAGGCAAGAGGAUGUCGAGCUUUAUUACGAGAUGGGAGAGGAGCUGGGCAGGUAUGUGAAGUAGAUUUAUUGUCCCUUUCACCUCUGACUAAAGAACUUCAAGCAUGUUUACUCACACUUUAGUGUAGAGAGACACCGUGUCGUUUUAGCACUUGUCCUCGAUGUCCUGGUUGCAGUGACAGGUGUAAAUACCAGAGUAAAUGCACCGGAAAACAAAGUUGGUAUGCACAAAAUUGUCAUACUAAGUGAUCUCUAAAAUACUCCAGCAACCCUGUAGUUUGCAUGGCAGGAGAGUUGAAUCUCCUCAGGAGAACACAAAGUACUCAAAGCAAGAUCCCUGUUAGCUGCUGUAUUCCUCUUUUUUUCAGAUGUGAAUCUCUCUGUGCAAAUGUGCUUUAGUUUCUCACUAGUAAUAACAAACAUAACAAUGAGCUAUACUGAAAUCUCAGGGAUAAAGUUAAUGCUUACAUGUGCAAAUCGUCUUUUUCAUCAAGGUCAAAACAGUCCAUUAUGUGUCCGUGGCAUAUUGAUUAUAUUUUUACACUGUUCUUUAUAGUUUUACAAAGUUUUAUUCUAUUGUCAGCAGCUUUAACUUUCCUCACUGAGCUGUUGGUUUCUGCAGUAAUGCAGCAAAAGCUUGACGUCACUGACUCUCAAUGUGCCUUUCCACCUCUGCUGUGCUGGAGGAGAGGGGACUGUGUGUGCUCGUGAGUGUUGGUGUGUUUGUGGCGUGAUUGAAACUUAUGCAGAUUUUGAUUCCUGCAGCAUGAAACGGUUUCUCUUGACCUGGACUUUGGUCUCAUUAAUCAUUCCAGUUAUGUUAUUUCUCAGUUUAGUCCGAGUAAUAUUAGCAUGUUUUUCUGAUGAGGGUGUUCUGUUUCCUUUUAUUUAGAGACAUCUUAAUUUUGCAAACCAACCAUUCAACACAUCAUAUGAUACAGUAUGAAUCUAUAUUAAUCUAUUACUUAAUACUCAACAUUCCCCAACCCUCGGUCAAGGAUCCCUCUGUGGGUCCCUGCAUUAAUUCUCGGGGGGUACAAGAUUAGGAUAAGAUGGACAGGAUAGAGCCUUCAUUAAUCCCUUGGAAAAAUAUUGUAUAAUUAAGCAGCUAAAACCAAAGUCUCUCAGAUUGUGUCACUUUUUUAGGAUUUUAUUGCAGAAAGAAAUGAAAUGAGAUGUUUUCUUUUUUCAGUUUUGUUUGACUGUAACAAUCAGACAGUUGAAUCCCUUUGCAGCUGAAGUACAUGACAGAAUGAACGCCAUGGUCUUUGGAGAGGAAUAAAAACACUUUAAGGUUCACGGGGGUACAAACCAGAAAGUUUGGAAGCCCCGAAUCGAUCUGUAAAAUAACGUGCCUGUUUGUUUUUCCUGUUUGUAGCACUAACUGCUGUUUAAUCGUUCAUGCUCUCUUCAAUCAGACCACUCGACACUCAUUAGGGUUUUCUCUUACUUUGCAGUCUGAUCCCUUCAUCCUUUUGUCAGGACUGAUCCUUUUAUCUAGUCUGAUCGUUUUAUCUUGUUAUCCAGUUUGUGUACUCAUCACUCUAGUAAUUCAUUUGGAGGAGUUAAAGAUCUGUUUCAUAUUUUAGAUGCUUGCAGAAGUUUUGUGUUAUUUUAAAGGUUUUCUGAGUUUAUAUUUUCUGUAAGAGCUCAGGCAAACUAGUGACUCCAAGUGGGAUUAAGAGAGUUGUCUGACUGAUGGAUUUAAAGGAAUUAAGUCAUUAUAACGGCAUAAGGCUGUACAAGAAAAUACCCAAUCUAAAUUUUUCUUAUUCCUCUCUUCACUCUCUCUGCAGCGGACAGUUUGCCAUCGUCCGUAAGUGUAAGGAGAAGAGCACAGGCAUCGAAUAUGCAGCGAAAUUUAUCAAGAAGCGGCGGUUGUCCUCCAGCCGGCGGGGGGUGAGCCGAGAGGAGAUCGAGCGUGAGGUCAACAUCCUGCGGGAGAUCCAACACAGCAACAUCAUCACGCUGCACGACAUCUUUGAAAACAAGACUGAUGUGAUCCUGAUUCUGGAGCUGGUGUCCGGAGGAGAGCUGUUCGACUUCCUGGCCGAGAAGGAAUCUCUAACGGAGGAAGAGGCGACACAGUUCCUCAAACAGAUCCUAGACGGCGUGCAGUAUCUUCACUCCAAACGCAUCGCUCACUUUGACCUCAAGGUGAGUAGUCUGUGUAGUUGUUUGUGAGGCUGUGGGCUAGUCAGAAAAGUUUUACACAUACACACAGCUGUCAUUACAUUUUCUCUGUAUCAAUAUUAGAAAGGGAUUAUUGAACUUAAAGGGAUAUUCUGGCGUAAAAUUAAUUUAGGGUCAAACAAACAGUAACACUGAGUUAGACGCCCCCUUGAAAGAUGAAUGUUGCCGACCGCUUGCUUCUCUAGUUAUACCAACUUAAGUAACAACCGCACCAUAGCAAUACACAGCGGUCUGAGGAGCCAGUUAUCUCUCUUAACUCUCCUGUCACUUUGUUUUUGUUAUUGUGUAAAACUGUAUUUUCUCACUGUUACUUCAUCAUCAUCUCUUUCAGCCAGAGAACAUCAUGCUGCUGGACAAGAAUGUCCCCAAUCCCAGAAUCAAGCUGAUUGACUUUGGGAUCGCUCAUCAGAUUAAAGCUGGAAACGAGUUCAAGAACAUCUUUGGGACUCCAGAGUUUGUUGGUGAGAUCAGGUUUCUUCAGAGUAAAAAUGUUCCACUGAGUGCCCGAGCUGGCAUGUAGCUGAGACCCAGUGAGUGAAUGUUUCAGAUCUCCACAUCUGGAUUAAAUCAAAGUGUUCAUUCCUCUGUGUUUUACAGCACCAGAAAUAGUCAACUAUGAGCCGCUUGGACUGGAGGCAGACAUGUGGUAAGAUUUCAUCUGCUUUGAAAUGUUUGUUUUAUUCGUCUGGACGUAUUUACUGAGCAGUCUGACCAUUUUCAUUCAUGUUUGUCUCCUCUCUUCUCUGCAGGAGUAUCGGAGUGAUCACAUACAUCCUGUGAGUACCACCAAACAUCCCAGAUUAGCAGCUGCUUGAAUUCAUGUCAAAAUAAACCACCUCACAGCUCACCUCUUUGUAUUCAACUAAUCAUAUUUAUGUUCCUGCAGGCUGAGCGGGGCUUCACCUUUCCUGGGUGAGACCAAACAGGAGACCCUGACCAACAUCUCAGCUGUCAACUAUGACUUUGAUGAGGAGUAUUUCAGCAACACCAGCGAGCUCGCCAAGGACUUCAUACGCCGUCUGCUGGUCAAGGAUCCAAAGUACGCCGUUUUUCAGAUUCCAUAUGAAACGCUGAAAUCUCCUCUUGCUGAUUACAUUUCUGACUCGGGGAUUGUUUUAUGUUUUGCAGGAAGAGAAUGACAAUUGAUGACAGCCUUGAACAUCCCUGGAUCAAGGUAACUGGUUUUAUCCUCAGCUCUGCUCAUGUAGUCUUCGAGGGUUUUCACACCUGUACGAUCUGGAGAAAAGGGGAUGUUUCCCUCCCUAUUUAGACAUAUUUCAAAGUGUGAUUGCAAACCAGCAACUGGAACAAAUAGCUGCCAGGCUUAUCGCACUCCAGGAUAGGCAUCCACCGAUCUGCUUUUUUCACCUCGAAUAUAGAUACAGAUAUCUACAGUUUAGUAUCGGCCGAUAUCGAUCCAAUUCCGAUACAGAAAAGCCACGCUGAAUUACCUUUUGUUGUAACCUGAAGUUUUACCACUGCCUCUCAGAACGUUUACUGCGCAGGUAUUGCAAGUGGCCUCCGAGCUUGUAGGCUGAGGUAUUAUGAUGAAGUUUGAGAUAGCAGACUCCUUCGCUCGCUCCUCCAGCAUGUUUACUAAAGCAUAGAGUUAGACCGAAUGGAUCGGACCCUAUGCAUCGGGCCCAUUGUCACGAUACCGGAUCUAGAAUUUUCUUCAGUAUCGGGACAGAUACCAAUAUCAAAUAUCAGAUCGGUGCAUCCCUACUCCAGUAGACGUUGAGGUAGUUUGCAUAUAAAUAGCGAUAGGCUAACGUUACUCACCGUCCCCAUCCAAUCAGCAGAAGCAGAGGGGCUGGUGCUCAGGGUAGCAGCAUCACAGGACUCGACAACAUCUAUUCAUUCAACAGCGGGCUUCUGUAAUUUUAUUGAGUCGUGUCCACUGUUGAUCAGUACGCCCAUCCGCCCAAAUAUGGAUGAGGUAUUUAAUCUCAGGAUGAAUUUUUUUGAAUUCCCAUCAUGCCAAGUGCAGCUAGUAUGCACAGCAGUUGUUUAUCUAAGCCGUGGGAAAAUGCCUGAAGGUUAGCCCUGUGAUGGUGUGUGUGUACUUUGGCCAGCUGCACAACAAUGCAAUGUGAACACAAUGUGGGAAAAUGCAUCAAUGUUUCAUUUAACUGUCUAAAUCAGAACAAAGUAAACUAUCUACAACACUCUUUUGCGUUCACAAUCGCACAGCUGAGGUGCUGUUCAUGCUCAGAAAGAUGUGUUUGAUCUCCUCUAAGUGCAGACCGACCAAUCAGUGCAUUUCACUUUUUAAAGUCAAACUGGAUGCACUGCUGUGUAGUAUUACAGCUCAUUUAGAAACAAUUUUAAAGUGCUUUAGACGAUCAGAAGUGAGGCAGCAGUUUACUCUAGUGAUGGCCUUCUUCCAUCAGCUGCUGGUGGAGUGUGUGAUUCAGUAUUGUUCAUAUUUUUAGUUGUUGCUGACACAGCUCCACAGCAUGAAACUCCUGCAGUCACAUGUGCCUUAAAAGUCGUGGGAAAUCUCUGUGUUCCUCUGUCUGCUAGAAUUUUAAAUAUUACUGAAAAAUCUCCUCUCAAAAGUAAUUUUGAAUUUCCUUGUUUUCUUAGCUGACAUCCUGCUUUUCGAUUUGUAGCUCUCUAAUUAAAUACUUAAACAACCUGAUUGAUAUUUUAGUCAAAAUACUUCAAUUUCCAUGUUGUUUUAAGUGCUUUUUACUUACCUGUAUACACAAGAGUUCACACAUUAUUUUGAGUUUUUCUUGAGUCUCAAAAUAAAAAAACUUUGAUCAGUCAGUGACCAUCCUCCUCUCUUAAAUUUCCCCCUCCAGGUCAUCAAGAGGCGAAAUGUCCGCCAGGAGGAGAGAGACCAUAAGACUGAGCGCCGCCGUCUGAAGACCACUCGUCUGAAGGAGUACACCAUCAAGUCCCACUCCAGCAUGCCGCCCAACAACACCUACAUCAACUUUGAGCGCUUCUCCCAGGUCCUGGAGGAGAUCGCCGCCGCAGAGGAGGGUCUGAAGGACCUGGAGCGCAAUCAGCGCUCGUGCCGAGAGGACGUGGCGGCACUGCUGUCCAUUUACGAAGAGAAGGAGGGCUGGUACAAAGAGGAAAACCAGAGCAUCUCCAGCGACCUGAGCCACAUCCGCCAGGAGCUGCAGCGCACUCAAACCCAGCGCAAGAAGAGCCAGGAGGAGACCCGGCUCACCAUGCAGGCAGCAAACAUCCUCAAGCGCAAGUUUGGGCGUCUGGAAAACCGCUACGAGGCCCUGGCUGAGCAGGUGGCCUCUGAGGUCCGCUGGGUGGAGGAGCUGGUCAAGUCCAUAUCUGUGGAGAAGGACGGCGUCGGCUCAGGGAGCAUGCCGUGAGCAGGGCUGAGGUCCAACAUUGACUAUACGAUCCUUCAAAGUCUCCUCCUGCCCGUCUUCUCUGCACCGUGGAGUUUGAGUGGGUCAGUCGCCAUCAUAAGCUCUGCUGCUGCUGCCGCUGCUGCCCAUCAGGAGAAGCACUCCACCCUUUUUAUGUAACACUUAAGACAACCAGCAAGAAGCAGAGAGGUCAGAUGUUGAACCCAUUCCCUCCUGAGAAGGCUCAUUCCUGUGUUUUAUACAUUUAUUUAUAAUUUUACAGAUCUUAUGUACUGUUGUUUUUUUCCCUCUUAUGCAUCAUAAUUCUGUUUGGAACUCUUUUCACAGUUGUCAGAAUUGCAGAAGAGGACGUUCAUCUUUCAUUUAUUAUUAUUAUUAUUUUGUUAAUUGACUACAUUUGGGUUUGCUGUUGAAGCCGUACAGGUCCGCCCAUUGUCUCUCGCCUCAGGUUAUCAGACAGCAAUGUGAGGAGGCUUCACAGCACGCAGUGAAGUUUGCAUCAGGUUCAGGUAUGAUGAUUAUUUAUCUGGCUAAAUUUCAUACUCUACUGCAGCUGAUGUAUUUUUCAUGCGUUGAGAAAGUGUUUCAUUGUAAUGAAUGCGCAGCUUAGGAAGGAAGGAUCGAAAAAGAGAGGAUAAUGCUGUUAUUUGACGGGUCUGUGAUUUCAGUUUACUAGAAAUGAAGUUUGGUCUUAAUUACAGGGAAACUAGAAAGACAGAAAGUUCCAGCUCUCAGUUUUUGCAGUUUUAUGGCUGUUUUUAAGGAGUUUCUUUAAAGGAAUUCCUGUCUGUAUAAUCAAUUACAUAUUUAUUCUUCAGUCGUCAUUCUUAAAACUUUCUUAAACUAUUUGAUGACUGGAGACACUAUUUUUUUCUGUUUAACUUAUCCUUGUUUCCUUUCUUGUAGGUUGUAUAGAGCCCUCCUUAAAGCACUUUCUGAAACUGAUUUACCUACAGUAAUUUAGAGUUUACUUUAAAAUGCUGGAACUAGAUUACUCUCAUCUUUACCUACAGAAAAACACCAAAUAACACAGCUCUUAUCAGGAAACUUCAGAGAAAUGUAACGGGAAUAUAUCUUAAUCAACAGGCCUGUCAAAUAGAGCUGAUUUACCUGAUCCAGAAUGUAUAAACUCAUCUUUGCAGUGCCUGUUAACUGAUCAACCAUAUUGCCUCUGCGAGCAAUCAUCCGUCACCAAGCUAAUGACAUUUCUAUCGUGUUGAUAUUGCUAAAUGUCUUAAUGCAACAAGUUUUGCACAGUAGCCUCGUAAACCAAAUAGUGUGCAUGGAAACCUUCUCUAUAAAGUGUAACUCCGUUAGUGUUUUCGCCCCGACCGUCCCUGCACACGUAAAAAACAUUCCAUCGACCCGUUUCACAUCCAGGUUACACAUUCCCCAUGUAUAGCAUAGAAACUGUAAGGUAUAGUCAGCUGUAUUUUUCACUAGAGAGAUAUACUCAUUUGCACUUAAAUGAUUGUAGCAAUGUUCCCAGAUAUAUUUUACCCCGUCUCUUAGGUGUAACUAAAGAACUGUAAAAUGAAAAACUGUCUGGACUAGUUUCAAAUAAAGUUAUUAAUGUUACACAGUUUUAUUCAUGUGUUGUUUUUGUGUGAAUGGGAGCAGAUCUAAUUUCAAAAUUAAAAUACGAAUGUUACGGGAAAAUUAAAUCACUAAAUCCUGAAGACACCAGGUUAAAUCCACUCCUGUGUGACUUUAUUGAUAUUUAAAUACCAGUCAUAUGAAGCUAGAACUCCCUCUAGUGGUAGUUUAACAGAACACAUCUGCAACGUCAAUCCAAAAUACACAAACCAAUUCAAAACACUUUCCAUCCUUUUAUUUGUUCAUUGAUAAUAAUUAUGAUUAUAAAUAAUUCAUAAAUAACAAUCCCCACAGUGAGUUUGUGUCCAGACGUCUUUACAGCUGUUUGUUCCCUUUAAAUAAGACAAUGUAAAAAAAUUCAAUCUGUAUGUUAAUGAGCCUUUAUCUGCUUUUUCUUUGUAGCUGGACAAUAUCCUGUAACUGUGCUGUUUUAAACUAUAGAGGCAGGGUUGAGUUCUUUGUGAACAGAUGUACAGAGGCCCAAGAGGAAAAAAAGCAAUUAAAAAAGAAAAAAAGCGAUUAAUUUCCAAUUAUUUUUUCCACCUGAUUUAUGACUGAAGAAUUGAUAAACAAAUAAACCAUCAAAUAAUUGUGUUUUCCUGGUCAUAAAUUUUCAAGACGGUUCAUAUUGUUACUGAAAACUGUUUCAAAAUGGACUCUUAAAGUCCCACUCCGAUGGGUUUUUUUUUCUACUUAAAGUUUUCUCAGUGGUCUUUAAACUGUGAUUAUGAAGUUUUUGCCAAAAAUCACAUUUCCUGUGUAAUUUUUAAGGGCUUUUCUUCUGCAGAGCUUCAGUAGCUCAUUAGCAAUUUGCCUCUGAGACAGCACUGCUCUGCACACUUCUCCUUGAGUUAGCUUGCAGCCUAACAUUGCCAGUGCAGUAGAAGAAACGGGGAACAUAGGAGCUAUUCAGCUCUCGGACACUAAUGUCUUUUGGGCCAUGAUGUAACUUAAUAUUGAGCAUUUCAAUCCGCUAACACAGAUGCUCAUUCCGGGAUCGUCCUCUCUACUUUGGGGGCUCCGGGGGCGGAGCUUGGAUUGAUUACGUAGGAAAUCUCUGUAUCUGAACCUGCUGUUUAUGUCUCCUAGAGAUUCACAGCAAUUUGAAUUCAGAAAUGCAGUUUCGCACUUCUUUUUGUCAUGAUAUGUCCUGUAGUAUUAGAAAAAUGCCAUGAACAUGUAGACAGCGAGAAAAACAUGAUUUUCAUCGGAGUGGGUCUUUAAAGGUGAAGUAUACAAUGUUUAUCACUUGCCUCUCUGAGCAUCUGUACAGCUGAUACGAAGAACUGUUAAAAACAUUUUGAAACAAAUGGAACAAAAACUGCUACAGUUACUAUAACGGGGCUGAUGAGACAUGAUAGAAGGAAACGCUCAUCUGUAGAAAUAAGCUGUAGCAGUGUGUGUGGACUCAUCACUAGAGGCAUCAGGAGUGAAACUGUGGCAGUGAUCAGAAGAGGAAACUGCAGUUUGCUGUGUGUUCACACUGCAGAGGGAAAAAAAUCCUGUCCUUUGUGUUCUCUUCAUCCAGGACUAGAUUAAUCAAUCCAUGUUUCUGUUUUUAUGAGUCUUUCAGAGAGUUGAUAUGUGCACAGAGUUUCAGAGCAGGUCCCAGUUUAAGGUUCAUGGUGCUGACUAGGUGAUCCUCGGUGAGGAGCAGCAGUGCCUGUCCGUCAAUUUCCUGCGAGCGAAACUCCGCAGCUACAUCCUGACCACCUGGAAAGAAGAAGAGAUGUGUUCUGUAGUUUCAGUGCGAGAAGUUAAAAGGGUUUUGCUCUUUUUUCCCUCAGCUGGAUGGAGUUUUAAUGAUGCCAUGUCUGCUGUGGGGUCUUCUGAAUCUGCCUUCAUGUAAUUCUAAUUGCAUCAAUUAAUCAUCAGGUUCUGCCUGAGUCUAGGUCCUCUCUCUGCAGCCUUUCACUCAUCUACAUCAUCUCUCUCUCUACCUGCUGUGCUACAAGAAUCUCCUGAUCUAUUAGGAACUCUCUACUUCUUUCCUCCUUACAAGCUAACUUUGACAGGAUACAGAGUGAAGCAGUACCGAAAGGUGAGCUAAAGUCGUGGUCAUACCUGGCAGGGAGUUGAUAAAGUUGAACACUUGUUCUACAUUCCACUGAGACGGACACCCGACGUCUUCUUCUUCUUCUUCUUCUUCUUCUUCUUCUUCAUCGUCUCCUCCAUCAGAGAUGUUGAUCGUCUCUGUUACCCUCUGCUCCUGCUCUCUCUCCUUCUCUCUCUCCCUUUCUCGUCGUGUUUCGGCCUGUUUCCGAAGCCUGGUUGUCAUGGGAAUGGGAGGCUCUUCAUCCUCCUGCUCUUCUUCUUCCCGCUCUCUCCCCUCCUCUUCCUCCUCCUCCUCUCUCAGAGAGCUUUGCUGGACCUCCUCUGAAGUGAAUGACCUGUGAGUCUGAGGAGCAAAGAAACCAUCAGACGAGGAAAAAAGUUGUUGUGAUGUUAUGUAGGUAUCUCAGCUAAGACUUUUUUGAUGGUGUUGUAUUUACAAUUAAAGGGAUAGUCCGGUGUAAAAUUAAGUUAAGGGUCAAACACACCGUGCUACAGAGUUAGACACCCCGUCGAGAGAUGAAUGUUGCUGACCGCUUGUUUCUAUAGUUAUACCAACUUUAGUAAUGACCACAGAAUAACAAUACACAGCAGUCCCAGGAGCCACGUGCUCGACCAAAACGCCACUCUGUAGCC